UAUAUUGAAUAUUAAUACAUAUAUUACUGUAUUAUACAUGUAUUGAGUGAGUGUUGUAUUACCGUAAUGUAUGACUGAUUCAGUGUAGAGCCGGUCGUCAAUCAAUUGAAUUGUUUUUCUAAUUAUCACUGAUUUGUUGACAUAUUUAUCAUAUUAUUGUUAUUUGAUUUGAAUUUAAUUUAAUUGUAUAAACAAUGGAUGAAGAGUACGAUGCGAUUGUAUUGGGAACCGGUCUGAAGGAGUGCAUCUUAAGUGGUAUGCUAUCAGUGAGUGGUAAGAAAGUAUUGCACAUCGACCGCAACAAGUAUUACGGAGCAGACAGUGCAUCGAUUACACCACUUGAAGACCUGUUCACUAAAUUUGGUUUCGACCCGUCGAGCACUUCCAUUGAAGAGUACGGCCGUUCCCGUGACUGGAAUGUUGAUCUCAUUCCUAAGUUUCUUAUGGCUAAUGGCUCAUUGGUUAAGCUGUUGAUUCAUACGGGAGUCACUCGUUAUCUUGAGUUUAAGUCUUGUGAGGGAAGUUAUGUCUAUAAGGGCGGCAAGAUUUUCAAAGUACCUGCAGAUGAAAAAGAAGCACUCGCUUCCAGUUUGAUGGGAAUGUUUGAAAAGAGACGUUUUCGAAGUUUUCUGUUGUUUGUUCAAGAUUUCAAUAAAGACGAUCCAAAGACAUGGAAAGAUAUGGACCCGAAAACAACAAAUGGUCAGCAAUUAUACGAAAAGUUUGGUCUCGACAGAGACACCGCUGACUUUACUGGUCACGCACUGGCGCUCUAUCGUAACGAUGAUUAUUUACACGAGUCGUGUUUAGAUUUGAUAAAUCGUGUUAAGUUGUAUAGCGAAUCAUUGGCUCGUUAUGGAAAAAGUCCUUAUUUGUACCCAUUGUAUGGAUUGGGAGAACUUCCUCAAGGAUUUGCACGUCUUAGUGCUAUAUAUGGUGGCACUUAUAUGUUGGACAAACCCGUUGAUGAAAUAAUAAUGGAAAAUGGAAGGGCAGUCGGUGUACGCUCUGGUAAUGAAACGGCUAAAUGUAAACAAGUGUAUUGUGAUCCGUCAUAUGUUUCCGAUCGCAUCAGAAAAGUUGGACAAGUGAUUCGCUGUAUAUGUCUACUCAAUCAUCCGAUUCCCAAUACCAAAGAUUCCUUGUCGUGUCAGAUAAUUAUCCCCCAAAAACAAGUGGGACGUAAAUUUGAUAUUUAUGUAUCACUCGUGUCAUUCACCCAUCAAGUGGCAUCCAAAGGUUGGUUUGUCGCAAUGGUCAGCACUACUGUUGAGACUAAUAAUCCUGAAGCAGAAAUAAAGCCGGGACUAGAUUUGUUGGGACCAAUUAAGCAAAAGUUUGUAUCGGUUAGCGAUCUCUAUAAACCUAUAGAAGAUGGCAAAGAAAGUCAGAUCUUUAUUAGUGAAUCAUUUGACUCAACCUCUCAUUUUGAGACUACUUGUACUGAUGUACUCGAUAUCUUCAGACGUGGCACUGGAGAAGACUUUGAUUUUUCAAAGGUUAAACUGGAUUUAAAUGAUGAUCAAUGAAUAGGGAGUCACCUAAUGGCCAAUCUUUUGCUUAUUUGCAAGUUUUGUUCAUUUGAUUUAAUUUUUAAUCAACAAUUGUUUUACAUUUAUAUUAUCAAAUUAUUUACUAUUGAUAUACUGUUUAGCGAUAAAUUUAUUCCAAUUUAUU